UACAGCUGCAGAGAGGGAGGGAGGGAGAGGGGAGAGAGGGGGUCUUGUUGACACAACAGGCGGGGCUUCCUGGACAGAGGCCCCUACACACACACAGUGUGGGCUUGCCAGAGGCGUUUAAAGUCUCAACUACAGCUGUUGACUUAGACGGGGGAAGAAGGAUGGCCGAGGAACCUAAGAUCGAGCUGUUCAUAAAGGCCAGCGAUGAUGGUGAGAGUAUAGGGAACUGCCCCUUCUCCCAGCGUCUCUUCAUGAUCCUCUGGCUGAAGAAAGUAAACUUCACCAUCAACACGGUCGACAUGAAGAGGAACCCGGAUGUGUUGCGGGACAUUGCCCCGGGCAGCCAGCUGCCCUUCCUCAUCUACAACGGCGAACUCAAGACGGACAACAACAAGAUUGAGGAGUUUCUCGAGGAUGUCGUCUCCCCUCCCAAGUAUCCAAAACUGGACGUCAAAAACAAGGAGUCCAGGACAGCCGGAGAUACCAUCUUCCAGAAAUUCUCAGCUUACAUUAAGAACCCUCAUCUUGACAAGAACGAUGCUUUGGAGAAGGUGUUUCUGAAAGCACUUCUGAAGCUGGAUGGGUACCUGAACACGGCCCUGCCCGAUGAAGACAGCACCCGCCCUUCAUCAAGGUUAUUCCUGGAUGGCAAUGAGCUAACCCUGGCUGACUGCAACCUCCUGCCCAAACUCCACAUCGUUCAGGUUGUAUGCAGGCAUUAUCGGAAUUUUACUAUCCCUGACCAACUGGCAGGCUUGUGUCGGUAUCUGAAAAAUGCAGAGAAACGUGAAGAAUAUGUGAACACAUGCCCCAAUGAAGAGGAAAUUAAACUGGCAUAUAAACACGUUGUUAAAAGAUUGGUAUAGAUUUGGUUUCCAGAGGUGGGUCACAGAUUAACUCCUGACAUGGGCUUCGUUUAUGCUGAUAAUUAGAGGUAUCAAGCUUUAAAGUAUCGCAGCAUUCUUAUUUACGACUCUCACACAACACCAACUGGACAUCAAUUCUAAACGGGGAACCGUGGCCUGUUAGAAAUCCAGGUCCCCAAGGGGACUCCUAGUUGGACAGUGUUGGAAGGAACUGCAGGUGCCGGUUCACACCGAAGAUAGGCGCAAAAUGCUGGAUUACUCCAGGUUUUUGUGUCUACCUUGUUAGAGAAACUAUGCUGUAACAACGCAAUCUCUAAUCAUACGAUCUCGUGGAUGAGGGGGCUGGAAGUGAAAGGCUGUGGUAAAACGUGCCAUUCGUAACAACUCCACACAGUACUACUUUCACAGAAUUCUUUGACAAAAUUAUCUUUGGACUUUGUCUUUUCAGACAAAGUUUCGAAUGAGCUGAAACUAACUCUGUAGUCUGUCCUCCUGGACAAACAAUAACUUAACCACCCUCUAACUUAAUUAAUAACCGACUCACCUGUCCAACAAUGUAAAAACAAUGAUUUUUAAAAACAAAAUAAUCUAGAAUCAAAUCACACACCUGUGGGAAGUAGAGAUUUUAAUUAAAUGAGAAUAUAAGCUUUGAAGGGUAAAGAAAGCUGUUCAGUUCUGGAGAAUCCUGUAAACCGUUAAGACAUUCUUGAAGUCCCAUCUCAGAGAGGGAUUGGUAGAAAUGAACCAAAAUUAGGAAAAUAAUCUUCACUUUUUAGUUUAGUUUAGAGAUACAGCGCGGAAACAGGCCCUUCGGCCCACCGAGUCCGCGCCGACCAGCGAUCCCUGCACACUAACACUAUCCUACACACACUAGGGACAAUUUACAUUUACACCAAGCUGCUUAUCCUUCAAACCUGUACGUCUUUGGAGUGUGGAAGGACCUAGGUCACAGGGAGGACGUACAAACUCCGUACAGACAGCGCCCGUAGUCGGGAUCGAACCGUGUCUGUGGCGCUGCAAGUACUACAAGGCACCACCAGUUAAUCAAGGGUAAAAUCUGCAAUAGGUUUAAUCAAAAACUAAAUAUGUUUGAAUAUCUUGUACUAGGUUUCGGGCUUCUUGUGUAUGUACAAACACAUUAUAGUACAAGCUGAAUUAGGUUAAAGUGAAAUAUAUAACCUAUAUAUUCACUAUUUCGUGCAACCAUCCUACCACAACCAGAGAGCAGUGCUGAACUACUAUCUACCUCUUUGGUGACCCUCAGACUAUCCUUGAUUGGACUUUGCUGGCUUUACCUUGCACUGAACGUUAUUCCCUCAUCAUGAAUCUGUACACUGUGAACGGCUCGAUUGUAAUCAUGUGUUGUCUUUCUGCUGACUGGUUAGCACGCAAUAAAAGCUUUUCACUGUACCUCGGUACACGGGACAAUAAACUAAACUGAACUAAACAUUUACAAAUAUACUCAGUCUUAUAAUGACCAUCAGGCACCUAUAUAUAUAUACACACACACACACACACACACACACACGAGUCAUACCACAGAGAAACAUCCCAUCAACUCACCUAUGCCGACCAAAUACUCAUUUAAACCUGUGUUUAAGAAGGAACUGCAGAUGCUGGAGAAUCGAAGGUUACACAAAAAAGCUGGAGAAACUCAUUUAAACCUGUCUGAUUUGCCUGUGUUUGACCCAUAUCCAUCUGAAUCUUAGAUAGAAGAAAAAAAGCUGGAAUAACUACGGGUCAGACAACAUCACUGGAGAAAAGGAAUAGUUGACGUUUUGGGUCGAGGCUCUUCUUCAGACUGAGAGCCAGGGGUGAUGCAGGGAUCCAUAGAGAAACAGGCCAUUGUUAGCUAUGCGUCAGGUGAAAACCAGUUACAGACAAUGAGACUGAACAAGACAACUUUGAAACUGAGACAACGACUUGGGUGGGGAAGGACUUAGAGAGACAAUAGGUACAGGAGUAGUCUAUUCGGCCCUUCGAGCCAGCACUGCCAUUCGAUGUGAUCAUCCACGAGGGGAUACAAGGGUUACUUGAAGUUAGAGAAAUCAAUAUUCAUACCACUAGGUUGUAAACUGAAUCUUACCGGCUUCAACUGUAGGUCAACUGGGCUCUGUAGAUAUCUCCACGUUAGGCAGCAACUCCCUGCUGCGCCACCGUGCCGACACUAAUUGCUGCAUUAAAAAUCCCCUCCCCUUCAAUCAUCAACUAUGUUCAGAUUGCUUUGCUUCAGAUGGUAUUCUUUAGAUAAUUAAAUCUGGAACAUUAUGUAUUUAAGUUACUUUUCCCUAUAUUUAACAGACUAAUGAUUUGUAUAUUAUUACUGACGUUAUUGGGGUCGCAUGCUUGUAAAUAGUAUCUUGAAUAAAAACUAUGAAUA